GAAAACAUCUCGUCUUCUUCAUCAUCAAAGUAAAAAACGAAUCAGAGAUCUCCACAGGAACGAAGACAGAUAGUGCUGCUACUGCAAUGGCGUUCGAGAUUCCGGACGAUGACAUAAGGGAGCUGCAGAUGUCUCUGCGUAAAGAGGCGGGUCUCUCUUCUUACAACCUAGAAGAAAAUGAUUGGCUUCCCGAUUUGGCCUCCCUCAAUGACUCCUCAAUUUCCGACAUUGACCCCUCUCCACCUUACCUUCGAUGCAAGAACUGCAAAGGCAGGCUCCUCAGAGGUGUAAAUUCCACAAUUUGUGUCUUCUGUGGGAGACAGCACAAUCAGGAUAUCCCUCCUGACCCAAUCAAGUUCAUGUCUACUGUCGGUUCCCGUUGGUUUCUCCAAUCUCUUCACUUAGAUGGAUCGGAGAUUGUGGAAUCGAUUAUUGAAGCGAAGGAAUUAAACAGAAGACAGAGCACUUCUCAAAACAACUUUCCCUUGUCUGAUCUCUUAGAUUUGGAAAUAAGAUGGCCUUCUGAGUCCGAGAGAUCAGAAACUAGCGUUACAGACAAGACUCCUGCUCAAAAUUUGAGUACUUUGAAUUUGGGUGGAGUUGAUCUUAACAACUUUUUUGGUGAACCUAAGGUAGACUCUGUUCCUGCUUUAUCUCAAGAACAGCUCACGCUGAACAAAGAUAUGGAUGCUACGGGAGGAAAUGCAGUUCAAGGUCAUGGAAAUCUUAGCUUGUUUGAGAAUGUUCAGCCUUCUGAGACAAUUGGAGGGUCUGACAAAGAUGUAAGUGGUGACUGGUCUUCUGGUUGGGAGGCUGAGUUUCAAUCUGCUAGUUCUGGAACCCAACAUCGGGAAUCCAAAACAUCGGAUCCUUUUGUGAGUUCUUCCUCGGUUGAUCUUUCUGCCCAUAUGGACUCUGUUUUUGGUCCUGCUAAAGACAUAUUUGAAGGAAAAACAAAUGAGAAUGCAACUUCUUCUGCAUCCAGUGCUUUUAAGGAUGAUCUAUGGAGUAUUCCCGGCACUGGGGUAACUGGCCAGGAUGAGCUAUUUAAACUAGACAUAAAUGAUGAAGGUGGUGGAAAAAGGGGGACCACAAAUAAUUCUUCUAUGAUGAAUGUUGAUUGGAUUGAAGACAAUCAGUGGCAAACCACCACCACCAGCAAGUCAGAUGAGAAUAAAACCAUUGAUGAAAAUGACGAUUCAUUUGAUGCUUGGAAUGAUUUUAGAGGCUCAACUAGUGCACAAGUGCCUUCAAACAAUUCUUUGGAACAAGAUGCUAAUCACAUUUUGCCAUCUGUGGAUCAGGAAUCUGAAAUAAACUUGUUUGGCGGAAGUAGUAUUUCACAGGAUGUUGAUUUUGGUAGCUUUUCCCAGCCGGAUUUCUUUUCAGGAACAUUAAACAAUCAAAAUGGUUCUUCAGAAGUGAAUGUCAUGCAGACAGAAACUUCUGUUUCAGAUAGGAUUAAUAGUGUGAAUCAAGAUGAUGGGAACACUGAAGAUCUUAAGAAAGGUGAAAAUACGAGAUCCAAGGCUGAUGAAGUAGAGAUGCUCAUGUCGCAGAUGCAUGAUCUCUCAUUUAUGCUGGAAAGCAAUCUAUCAGUGCCACAAAAGAUAGAACCAUUUAGUUCAUCUUCAAAAGAUUAAAAUUCCUGCUGUUGUCUCUUGAAUUCUCAAGCUAUAAUUUGGUUGUCUGAUGUGCUCUCCAGUUUUGAAUGGUCCAUAGCUGCAGUAAUCUUCCUUUUCAAGAGGUCGAAGCCAUUUUAUAUGACAGCUCCAUUCUGUCUAUAUAAUGACCACAGAUAGGCGUUUGCGAAAUGCCAAUUUUUCGGCUUUUUUUUUUUAUUAUUGUGAGAAUCAAUCCUACAAUUUCUUGAAGAAAUGACUUUGUCAAGUAAGCUGUGUUUUUUCUUGUUACAGCUCACUCUAUCCUGUCCAGAUAGUUGUUCUAUUAAUAUAAAAGAUUCACUAGCUUAGCUUAUAAACUA